ACCUUACCCAAUCUGCUAAGAUCAAUUAGAAUACCAUCCUCUUCCCGACUUUUUGAUGAGGUCCCGAAGCGUCUCUAUAAUGGUCUCUGGCUCAAUUCACUUCUAUAUGCGGACGAUGUGGUCAUUUUGGGCACAUUCGAAACCAUGCCACGGUUACUGAAGAUGGCCGAACAACAUUCAUUUGAACUGGGUUACCGGUGGAAUCCACUGAAAAGUGUGAUUGUCAACUCACCCAAGUACAUUGGCUCCUCACCCCUCAAACUUUACGGCUCUCCAAUUCCUUGCGCAGACCAUUUUAGCUAUUUGGGCAUCCCAUUCAACAGCAAUGCAGAGAUAGAUGUUACUAUGCUCAUUGAACGAAACACUCGAUCAGCAAUCGUGGCUAUGAGAACUGGAAUUCAACCUCUGGGAGUGCACUCUCCGUGUUUCUCUCGGCUCACCACAGCUAAACUCUACACUACGUUUAUACGAUCAAAAAUGGAAUAUGGUCUAAACAUUGCACUGUUGCUAAUCAAACACAACAAAUUAAUGGAAAAGGCCCAAGAUCAAUGUCUUCGAUUGGCGUUUGGUGGUCACAAAGCGGCUUCAACAACCGUCUUUAAACACCUCACCAACCUUCCCCACAUGGGUGAACGUAUCGACAUGAUCCGCUUGAAGAGUAAUGUACGCAUUUCAAUGCUGCCUACAUCGACUCUCAUUGGGUCAUUGUUACCUCAUUUAACCACAGCUCCUAUCUCGAUAAGAUUCCAAUGGCCCCGUCUGUUAAAUACGUGCAAAAUUUGGCCUACCAUUAACACUCCUCCCAAGUACACUUCGUACCAACAUUGGAUCGAAGUCAAUGAUAAGAAGCUUGCCCCUGCCAUAUUGAAAUUCCGACAACAGCAACUUAAUAUCAGCCUUACAACAACUACUGGCAAUAUCCUCCUCAAAGCAUGUCGACCGUAUAUUGGCGUAGACCCAAUACUACAAUUACCUAUGACCACCUUCGAAAGAAGCCGAUUACUCCGAUGGCGUAUGGGCUGGCUCCCUGCUCGUCGAGUACCAUGCUCACGCUGCGACCACCAUCAUGCAUCAAGGAAUCAUUUGGUUGACUGUCUUCGGGUAGCGGAAAAAUUCAAUAUAGCUCCUACAAGCAGCCCAAACCCGUUAGACUAUAUCAUCAACCAGCUUCCAAAAUGGUCCAGUCUCUCACCGUCUAUUAAACGACAACAAACCCACACAUACCAUAGAUGGCUAUUUUGGUGGCCUAUCCUAUCGGAUAUCAUGCUGGAAAUCGACCAGAUCUGCCAGCCAGAUAGUGUCUUCUCCCUCGAGGCCUCUGAUUGUACUGGUAAUACCACCCUCAACUGGCUUCUGCCAUAUCAUCGACAACAACAAAAUAGCAUUGCUAUCCCGCCUCUUAAAUCCACCUUAUACUGGUACAUGGACGAAAGUUCAUAAACCACGUCUUUGAAAUCCUUCUUCAACUCUCAAAUAUCUUUUUCC